AUGACAGUAUGACACAAUCAACAAUAUCUCUCUGUACUAGCUAGUGUAACACAACACUAAAGCUUAGCACACCAUGGCAUUUCGCAGAGCGUGCAGCGGCUGGCUGCUCCUCGCCGCCAUGGCUUUGCUCCCUCUGGCUAUGGGCAUGACCAUGGACCCCAUUGGCAGUUACUGCGCCGGAACCAGCUACAAGGGCAGCGGCAAGGCCAGCAUCAACUCCGUCCUGACGGACCUCGUCGUCAAGGGCUCCACGGGAGGCUUCGCCACGUCCUCCGCCGGCAAGGAUAAGAACCUCGUCUACGGCCUCGCGCAGUGCCGCGGCGACGUAUCUGCCAGCGACUGCUCCGCCUGCCUCGCCGACGCCGCCAACAAGCUCCCCGCCACCUGCAGCUACCAAUCCGACGCCAGAAUAUGGUACGACUACUGCUUCGUGCGCUACAGCAACACGGACUUCGCGGGGCAGACGGACACGGGCGCCGGCGUCAUCCUGGUGAACGUGCAGGCGGAGGACACUGACCCCAAGGAGUUCGGGAAGGCGGUGGGGAUGGUGAUGGGCAAGACGGCGGCGCAGGCGUCGGCGGCGGGCAGCGCGGGGCUCGGCAGGGCCAAGGACCAGUACACGCCGUUCGUCACCAUCUACGGCCUGGCGCAGUGCACGCGGGACCUAGCGCAGCUGGCGUGCGCCCAGUGCGUCUCGACGGCGCUGUCCAAGUUCGGCGACUUCUGCGGCGCGCAGCAGGGCUGCCAGAUCAACUACAGCACCUGCAGGGUGCGCUACGAGAUCUACCCGUUCUACUUCCCGCUCGACGGCACCGGCGGUCAGGCCACCACCGACAUGACCAAGUACACCAAGAUCGUCGUGCACCCUUAACAACGUACAGAACUCCCAGCACUUUCUGUUGUGCAUCAUGCGAGAGAAGUAUACUAUCCGUGGUAUUUGAGCUGCAUGCACUUAGUACGUGCGCCGGUACGUAAGGUUGUAGCCAGCGCGUGCUUCAAUUGGGAACUAGUCUAUAUAUGGAAUUAUAUAGACACAUUUUAGUUAUAGACAUCCGUAUCUACAGAAAGUUGAGCAACUUAUUUUGAGAUGGAGGGAGUAUUUUUAAUAGACAUAACUUCAAAGUACUGAAAAUAGUACACCUAACCCUCUGGGCUCAAACCAUAUGCAGAAGCAACAUGUUUUUUCAGCAAUAUCUAGAGAGUUAUACUAAUA